AUGACAGUCGAAGCAAAAACGUUCACGAACAAAUCUAAUGGCGAAACAUUCACAAAAGGCACCUAUAACGGUAUUGAAGUCUUACGUAGAGACAAGGAUGGUUAUAUAAAUGUAACAAAGAUGUGUCAGCAGUUUAGGAAAGACUUUAGAAAGUUGUUGGAAAAUAAGUCCUGGGAAGAGUAUUAUAAGGCAUUUUGUGAAGAAUAUACCAACCGCCGGAAUUCCGGCGGUUGCUUUUUAUACAAAAUUCAUGCAGGAAUUUCUGAUGAAAUCAAACAGGUUAGAGGAACGUAUGCAGACCCAAGACUUAUAAACUAUAUAGCAAUGUGGGCUUCUCCAAAAUAUUGUAUAGCAGUUGGAAAAAUUAUGGACUCCAUAGACAAGAAAGUUCAUGAGAAAUUAGAUGAAGAAGAACUUGAAGAUACAGUAGAGAAUGCUAAA